AUGGCUUCCGCUGUCGCGCCGUGGCUACAAGGCCUGGAGGAGGCCUGGGAAAUUCCCGCUGGCAUUCAAAUACCGUCGACAAUUCCCAUAUCCUCCGCCACGCACGACGCGGACUCCCUCAACAAUGGCUCCGUGCGCAUGUCCAAGCACGCGCAGCACUCGGUCCGCUCUCGCCGCAGCCCGCUUGGUCCAUUGAGCAAUGGCAGUAACAACUCGCGCCGUGAACUCAGCAAUCGAUCUCGCGGAAAGCUGACUGAAUCGCAAUCCUUCUCCGCCGCCUCAGACGGGUCUACCGUGCAGUAUGGCACUGUGCAGCAGCGCAGCAAGAGCGCUUCGCCUAAGAAAUCACAAGAAACCCUGGAAUGGAAGCGACGGCUUGUGCGUGGGCAGGUGGGCUAUGGAGAUCAGACGGAUUUGUUUGGGCCUUCUGGACUGGAGAACAUAUUCGCGCAGACUCCCCAAGCGGAGGCCAGCAGUGCGCCCAAAAACAGAAAGAGCAUGAAUUGGCUGGACAGAUCCGCGCUUGCUUCAAUGCCGUCUAGUCCGCCGCCUUGGCCCUCGCAUCUGGAUGAUUCGCAGUCGGAAAGAGUUGUGGAGGAUGAAGAACGUUUAACAACCGUUGGCGAAGGAGAGGAGGGUAGCGAGGCUUCCUACUCCGAACGAUACGAACAAGAUGAAGAGGAUGAGACUAGGGAUGAUGUCUCUAGGAGUGACACCUUCCAAGGAAGCACAUCGCAGAAGUCAGACAACAGUGUUCGUCAAGCACCGGGUCAUCAGAUUACAAGCCCGGAGCGAUUCGAGCCGACUCCUGGACACCAAAUCGGGAAUCGCACCAUCAGCGGUCGCACCGAGCUCGAAGAAGACUUUAGUCCAGUUUUCAUCUCCAAACACACCACCAUGAACGGUACAGUCGGUUACACUGCCCUGGACUCCCACACCGUCAAGCAGUUCCAGGAAAUGAACAUCAACCUUCAGCACCCAGACCAGGAUGACUCCACUUACGAACAAGGGUUGUACCCAGAGGAGACUGCAGAGUCGCAAGACAGGAGCAAUAUUUCCGUUGAGCAUUCUGCCUUUACCGAUGGCGAUUCCAUUGCUACAGCGGCUCCUGAUCUGUCCCUGUCUGAGAAUCUUCCAACCGGUACGCCGGAAGCAGCUGGCCUGGGAGGAAAUGUGCAGGUAAAGAGGGGUGGCUACUCUGCUGAGGGUUCGUUCCGUGAACGGCCACUGAGCGCCUCUCCCGAGCGCAAAGCAAGUGGAUUGCUAUCGCCAGCGCCGACCCGGCACAACACAUCAAUAGAAGCAAAGCGAGACCAUCGCGUACCCAGCACGCCCUUUAAGGGGGCAGAAGAGCCCAGGUCGAGGUCUUCAGGCAGUCCUCUCAAGCUCUUCGGGCCUCACGAUACUUUCACAAGUAAUCGCCUACUAAGGAGAUUGAGUCAACUUGACCCGGACCUUUCCGCCAUCCGGUCCGAAGCAGAUUCGGUAGGAGAUGAUUCCAAUAAUGCCACGCCAGCCCGGCGACAACAGUCGUUUGCACAAUCUUUUGGCAGCGGCUCCCUGAACAACCACCCCUUCCCGRCCGAGAUCACCAUAACGGGUGCCUCCGACGAGUCCGAAGAGAUGAUGAACAGCGAUCUCUCACCCGCUUCGGAUGUCCCACCGCCAGGAAGUCGAAUGCCUCUGUUGUUCAAACUGGAGAGUUCCCCAGACAACAAAAAUGCUCUCAGAAUCAAACGUAAAGCCUCGGGACAUGGCACUAGCAAUGUCGGGAAAGUUCCUUCCACUAGAUCGAGGCAUUCGAGCUCAAGAAAGCCUUCGCGACCAGUGUUUCUUCAAGCUACCGUCGAGGAUGCGUCCGAUAUGGUCUCAACCUUUGAAGUUGCRGCAGGAAAAGUCUCUCAAAGACGAUCCAGCUCCAAGCAUCUCUUCGCUCAAGCUUCGGCCGAUGUCAAUCAUGGCACUAUCCCGCAGCCAACAUCUCCCGUGAAGCAGUCCUCCAUUCCCGUGCUUCGCGGCCCCACUGGUCAGAUCCGCGACAAUAGCGAACAGCCUACGCCUGGCAAGUCGUCUUUCAUCCCCGUGGCCGUUGGAAAGCGGCCACCGAACUCGCCAUUCAAAGCGCCAACCCCAAAACGUCGUAGGACUCUUCAUGCCAGCGAACUUGAGGUAGACGCAGCCGAAGUCAGCAGAUCUCAUCGUGGAAACGCGGAGGAGGAGCAAUAUCUCAAAAGUGACGUCGCCGAUGCAAAUCGCUCCUACCAUGAACAGCUACAAGAAGUUCUCAGCAGUCAGAAAAGAACUUCACGCGGAGACGAUCAACCGACAACCGCCGAGAAGGAAAUGCUCACUCGACGUAAGAUACUUCGUCCACGCAAUCCAACUCCGAGUCAGCGUCAAGGAGAGAUGGGUGGUCGCGUGCCAUCUACGCGCAGAGAGCAGAUUGAAGCCGAAAUACGAGAGGCCACAGAAGCUUUCGCGAUCCACGAGCCAGAAGCUAUGGAGGCUGUUCUAGAACAAAUGGAGACAUCAAUGGCGUCCGGAAGCCCACCCUCAAUCCAGCAACAAGCCCGCGCUGUUGCCACAGAAGUCGCCAAGUUCACACUUCGUAUACAAAAGGCAAGCGCCGAGCACACCAGUCCUCAAGAGCGUAAGCGCUCAGUCACCACUCAGGACUUCUUCAACGAAGCGGUGAUGGUAAUGCGUCUGAUCCGCGAAAAGGCAGGUCGGCAAAGUGGCUUGGGCAGCGUGGCAGAAUCCGACCAAGAAGGAAUCAGCCAAAGUCCCUCUGAAGAUUUUGACAACUCCAUGCUUAGAGAAGCGCCAGCACCAAUCUUGAGAGUGUCUCGACCGCCUUCAAGGGAGGGUGUAAGUGGAUGGAGGCCCCGGACCAGCGCAAACACGGAUGCCCGGGUAAUCAGUCACUUGCGCAGAUUCCAGGAGAACGAUGAUACGGAAUUCAUUGCGCCAUCAGUGGCUUCAUUKCGUGUCACCGGCCACGAACUCGAGGAGGACGGUGAUGUCUAUGAGGACGAGGACGAGUAUGACGAGGACGAUGAAGAUCUUGUCGCGGUGGAUGAGCAUUCGAACAUUCGCAUCAAGGGACCCCUGCCACAAACCGACCAGGAUAUCGAUUCCCGGCCAUCAUCCCAGCGUUCGGACCAGGAUACACUCCACACUCAAUCCAGCCAAUCCCAGUCAUCGGCAGGUGGACGCAGCAUCAACACAUCCUGCACAAAGAAGUCUUCUGACAAUGUCGGCAACCUCGCACCGGACGCAGUUGCUCACUUGAUCGGACAGCAAGUCGGCAGCAUGGUCUUCGACAAAGACAAGCAACAGUGGGUACGCGUGAGAAGUAGCCCGAAGAAGAAGAAGCGGGGGUAUGGCAGCUUUCUGGAGCCGCCGAGCGAUGUUACCAGCAGUGAUGAUCCGUUUGGAGAGAUCUCAGAUCUGCCUGUCGACGAAAGGAAGGAGGAGGAAAUCCGCAGAGCUAGUGCUGCCAGAUCACGUGUUGUCUCUGCCGACAACCGUGCAGAUGUUGCGCACCCCAACAUCAGUGAGAAGCGGGAAACCAUGCAGGUGCAAAUCGAGUCGCGUACAUCAUCGCAAGAGACCGUCCUUGCCACUAGGCCUACUACGCGGGACAGCAACAAAACUAGACACACGUAUUCGAGCUCGGAUCCAUCACGACACACAGGCCUCAGCUCCAGUCAACAACAACACGAGACUCGUGCGACAUCGUGGGGGAAUGAGGAGCUAGAGCUGUUAGCGCGACAGGGAAAGAAUGUGACGAGGGAACAGCCUUUGGUAUAUGCGGCCGCCCAGGCCGCUUUAUCAAUGGCGAAAAACCAAGAGCAGAUCCAAGCACCAACAAAAGGCCAGCAGCAAGUUAAUAUCGGAUCAACCCUAGGUCGCCACGAUAAGGCCAGCGAGAUGAUACACGAGGACAGUGAUGUUCUCGCAGAACUACAGGAUGACACCGAAUUCGACGGUGCAGAUUCCGAUGUAGGGAAUAUGAUGCCUCCCAGGCUCCGUCAGGCGAAUUCCAACACCCGCUUCCCAUCGCAGUCUGCAUUCCGGAGCACGCGUCAGAUGUCUCUCCGACGAAAGACGUUGAACAGCCGCUUCAACGACACUGACGCAUUAGAGCACAGCGAGCUYUCCUUUGUCGCUGCUCUACCCGGCGAACGUAUGAUGAGCGUCAAUUUGAGCGUCUCACGCCCAUUGAGUGCUAGGUACCAAGGGCACGUUGUCGAGGCAAACUCCCCGUCCAAGACUGUGGACCAGAGCUUUUUCUUCAGCGACCUCCCCGACUUCACUAUUAGCGAGGAAGAUGCCGAACGCCCAUCGGAGCAAGCUCUUGCGCAUCGGCUGGCCCAGCACGCCGCGGAUGAGGUCAACGACCGCUACUCUCUUGCCGUCAAGGACAUUGUGAAGACUCUUACGGACGUCUACGAAGAGGAGCCAUACUGGGAGACGAUGAAGAAUCUGGACCUCCGCGAUAGGACUGUGACUACACUACAUGGAUUGGACCAGUUUUGUGGCGCUGUGCAACAUGUGGACGUGUCAAACAACAAGCUUGAAUUUCUCAAUGGCGCGCCUAUAACCGUCCGCCAGCUCAUUGCGAGGGAGAACCAGCUCAGUAGCCUGACAUGCUGGACGCACCUCAUGAAUCUGCAAUAUCUUGACAUUUCGGGAAAUCGAUUGGAGAAUCUAGACGGCUUGUCUUGUCUGUAUCAUCUCCGGGAGCUACGAGCUGAUGACAAUUCGAUCACGAGCCUGCAUGGAAUCGCCGAUCUGGAUGGUCUACUCAAGCUGCGACUCCGCCGGAACAAGGUAACUUCUGUCGAUUUCGGAUCAGCGCAGCUUCAGCGGCUCGAAGAGCUGGAUCUUUGCGGCAAUGGUACCGGGGAAAUCCACAAUUUGCACGAACUGCGCUCUCUGAAGGUCUUGAAAGUGGAUGGGAAUCGCCUCGACGGAUCCAUGGAAGUUCGAGACGCGAUGGCGAAUUUAAAAUAUCUGUCGUUGCGUAGUUGUGGACUACAAAAGCUGGACGUGAUCUGCAUGCCGAAGCUACAGACCCUGCUGUUAGAUGACAAUUGCAUGGCUGAUGUCGAGCAUGUCGAAGGCCUUCGAUACCUCGACCUGCUGUCCAUGCGUAAUCAGACCCUUCCGGUCAGCAGAAAACUGUCCAUCCUAUCGCGGCCGCUGCCAGCACGAAUUCUGCGCCUCUCUGGAACGGGGAUCUCCAGUAUGGACUUACCAACAAGCCAGCUUUCGAUUCAGCAGCUCGAACUGGCAUCUGUUGGAUUGCAAGAACUGCCGAGCACUUUUGGCUUGAAGUUUCCCAAUCUUACGAACUUGAAUCUGAAUUUCAACUCGCUUCGAGACAUUCGUCCGCUCUUGAACAUCCAAAAGCUUGAAGUCUUAAGCUUGGCGGGAAAUAUGCUGGGUCGACUCAGGAAGAGCAUCGCUACCUUGAGCUUACUGCCAACGCUCAAAGAGGUCGAAUUGAGGGACAAUCCCAUCACGCAAGGUUUCUACGCCCCUCACACGGGGUGCGACGAACAGAGUCGCAUCGGUAGUGUCAUCCGAAGGUGCUCAACUGCCGGAGAGGACACCGAGGAUGAGGAUGUCGAAUACGAGCGUCGGAUCGCGGCAACCUUCAAUCUUCCAGUCUCGCUUACUAUCGAUGAGAAGCAUUUCGAUAGGUUGGACUCGGAGACGAAAAUCAGGAGGAGGGUCUAUGAGAUACUGCUUGCGCACUGUUGUCCGACCAUGCGACUCUUGGAUGGAGCAACACUGGACCGUGGGAAAGCGAUGGAGAGAGAUGGAGCGUGGAUGAGGCUUGUAGAGUUGGGAGUGGUGAGGAAGUGUAAACAGAACUCGGGACAAUUUGGGCUUGGUUUCGAGGUGAAGUCAGAGGACCUGAACAGCAUUGCCAGUCAGCGGAAAGCAUAA